UUAACUCUAAAGAAUGUCAUACAGAUAGCAUAUAGGGUGUGCAGCUCAAUAUCCACAUUUUAUAAAUGUUAAAAAGUCGCCACUGGAGAAUGUAACGAAUUUACCUGCUGAAUUGCAUUUUGAAAUAGUGUUCUCUAGUAAUGAUAUAUUAGCGAAUUUCAUACCGUGACCACAGGCAUAUGUAAAGUUUAAUUCAGGGUAAAAUAAAGAUAAACGACAGAGUUACAUUCCAUUUUGAAUAGUGAUCGGAAACAUUGCUAAAUCCGGUUUUGCUACAUCAGAAAUCCAUUGUAGUGUUUUCGGUUAACGAGGAAAUAUUGUUAAUUUGUGAUGUGUUCAUGCUAGAGAAGUUUACUUCAAGGCAUUAAUUUGUAAGAAAACAUAAAAAAUUUGAAAAAGACCAGACGAAUAGUUGCUUGAUUUAUUUAUCCUAUCAAUAAAAGCUUUAUUCAUCAGAGUUCCUGUUCGGACUUUUUAAAACUAACGAAAGCACUGGCAUUGGAAUUGGUUAUUUACUUAUAUUUUGAUACAUUCCACACAGGCACCCUACAGUUUUAGUUAAAUUAAAAAAGUGAAAAGUUACGAAGCGUGUAGAGUAAUAAAUUGCGUUUGGUUAAUUCUAGUUUUACUUCGAGGCAAUUUUUUUUCUUCUUUACAAUCGGGGUAAUCCCAUACAGUGAAAUGUACUGAAUGUAUUGUACGCGGAUUAUCACGAGCUAGUUGGAACGUUACAAGUGACGAGAAUGGAUCAUAGAGCCUUUUCUAAACCAUAACCAUAACUGGUUUCAGAUUGUUUCUGUUAUAUAUAGAUUAUUUAUAUAGUUAUUUCAAAAAGUGUAAAUCAAAAUGGCGAUACAGAAAUUAAUAAUUGUCAUAAAUUUGUUAAAUUUGUUAAAUUUUGUGUUCAGCAACGAAGCUGUUUGCGGUUUCACGCACAACGACUGUUCAUAUGAAAUCAAACUAGUGCCUGUGGGAAAUUGUCGCUAUGGUGAUCAGAUAAUGAUGGACAAGCAGAUGGACAGUGCGGAUUAUUCUUCCAAAAUGAACAUGAUGGAACGAACCUUUUCCGAUGUCCGAGUGGAUCAUGAGAAACGAUUGGACGGUUUGGAGAAAUCCGUAAGAGAAUUACUCGGACUUGACGAGAAUUCCAGUCCCAUUGAUCACGUGUUCAAUUCCAGAGGGAAAUUCCAGAAUCAGGAUAAUAAGGAAAUUGUGUCUAGAUUACACGAGGAAUAUACAAAUCUCAGGAUCGACAUCAAACGAAAAAAUGCCCGAAUUAUACAGGCAGAGAUAAAAUUUAACGAAACGAAUAAGGAAUUAAAACAGGCCCAGUUGGACCUGUUUGACACAAACCAAGAACUUCUGGAUGCCGAGAAUAAAAUCGCCUACAUGCAGAGAGAAAUGAUGAUAUUACGGAAUCAACUGAAGGACAAGACUUAUCGAUUGGAUGCUUCUGGCAAGAAAGCGUCAGAUUGUGAAGGUAAAACUGGAUCAAUGCAGACACAAUUGUUCGAGUUGGUGAGGUCUGAAGCCACAAUAAAAGAAGAUUUAGAAACUUGCUAUUUGGAGAAAAAUAUGACGGAGAAAGAAUUACAGGAGACAAAACGCCGACAUGGUCAUCUGAAGAGACGACAUCAUGAUCAGAAGGGCAUUCUCAAGAUCAGAGAGAACGAACUCAUCAAUUGCUACAACGCAAAAACGGAAACAUUCUGUGGUUUUGAAGAUCCUAAUUUAUGUGGGUUCACACAGAUCAAUGGUACAGUGGAAGAUUUCUUUGAUUGGACUCGAGGUCAAGGAUCGACGCCUUCAGCCAAUACUGGACCAACUAAAGAUCACACGUGUAACAGUGAGAAAGGUCACUUUAUGUAUAUAGAAGCCUCGGCUAAAGGAAAAGGGAAUAAUGCUAUAAUGUUUUCACCAUUGUAUCGUGGGUUGACUGAACAGUGUGUCGAGUUCUACUAUCAUAUGAAUGGCCGCCAUGUUGGUACUCUUAAUGUGUAUGCAAGGGCCCGUGGUGCUGAGUUAGAUUCUGUAUGGAGAGCUUUUGGUAACCAAGGUGAUGUUUGGUCGUUUGCUCGUCUUGGUAUUCCUAAAGAACUGGCUAGAGCUGGUUAUCAGAUUGCGUUUGAAGGAAUCACAGAAAGUGGUUACCAGGGUGAUAUUUCAAUUGAUGACGUCAGUGUGACGGAUGCAGGAUGUCCCAUAGACUCGGGUGUCACGCCUGUUAAAGUGUCGCUUGAUUCAGAUGAACUGAUAAAACUCGGUAAAAAUUUCGCUCGCAGUCUGAAACGAAAGAAGUUGAAAAGAGUCAAAAAUAAAAAGUCGUCAGGCGAGAAUGAGGAAUAAGGCAGUUGACUGUAUUUAUACAAAAUGGCACUUUUUAUGACAAAUUAAUAUCAAGUCAAAUUUAGUUUAGUUUAUUACAAGAAACGAAACGUUUUUAGACUGUACAGUGAAUUAUUGAAUGUCUCUUACUGGUGAAGGCAUUAAACUGGAAAUGGACAUGGAUACACCGUAUCUGUGUGGAUCGGUUUUUUUGUCACUGACAGAGUGGCCAUUAAGCCCAAGCAGGAAAAUAACGCAGCAUAAGAAUGGUAUUGAACUAAAAUUCAGUAGACUACAAUGUCAUAUAACAAUGCAAAUAACGUAGAAGCGCUGUAUAUGUUAAGUGAGUGACAAAAUAGGCAUAGACACAUCGAACACGUUUCAAAAUACUAUAUAGCCCUGUAUUUAUAUUUCUGGAAAAUGGCAGUGUCUCUUUAUAUCAUCAUAGAGCAUUAUUCAUGAUUAUUUUUGCGGUCAAUCUGACGACAACACACUUGGAUUACGUCAGGACUCUGCGGGUAAUUUUAGUUUUACGGUUGGAUGAAGCUGGUAAAUGUUUUUCAGUCCCAGACCUUGACACAGAUAUUUUUAAGUAAAUCUAUUGCUUUUCUAUGGUCGUCAUUCAUCUUUAUAUAAUGUUUAUAGGGCUGACUCUCUCAUGCCACGUGUGUUGACCAUAAUUGUUCUUGUCACAGAUAGGGAACAAUAUGUUAAAGAUAUUUAGGUAAAUCGUUGCUUUUGAAUGCUUGUCAUUCAUCUUGAUAGAGUAGUUUUAGAGCAGACUCCUCAGGCGACGUUUGUUGACAAGGCAGAAACGAGCGUAUAUAGAAUAUUUUCAUAUUUAACCAGUAUAGGAUAUGUACAUAUUUUCUACCGAAGAAUGAUACAUUUAAUAUACCCCAACCCUGGUCAUUCUGCUCAGCCAGGGCACAGUGGCGCUUCUAGGAAACAUCAGCCGAGCAGGGACCUCAAAAUUUUCCAGGGGGGCACAGGUCUUUUUUUCCCUAUGUAAAAAAUUGAAAGGGUGUAGGGCGCAGAAACGCCACUAUCACGGCAGGAUUUUUCUCCAAUAACCCAAAUCUGUUUGUAUAUUAUGUAAACUUGUUCUCUCAUUAUGCUUGUAGAUUAAAAAGUUUAUAAAC